AUUUUUGUGUGCUUUGCUUUCCAGUUGUCAGUUUUUUCACAACCGGCUGUAACUUUUGGAGGGAAAUUGUGAAAUAGAUUAAAAAUAUUAUUUUUUCCUUAAAGUUUAGUAAAUAAAAGUGAUCAAAUGAAGAAAAAAUAUGUAAAAGAACGCGUGACUAUAAAAUACAAUGAUCCAAAUCCAUUGUUCAAAAAAUGGCUGGGAGAGUGGCUUAAAUACUCCGAGGAAAAUAAUUUAGGAAACAAAACAGCACUGGCCAGAGCACUUAAUUCACUUGAAAAAUACCCGCUGCCUCUUGCUUCUGCUCGGGAGUGUAUAAUUUUGGAAGGAUUUGGUCCAACUAUUUGUGAAAUGCUCGAUAAGAAACACAAAAAAUAUAAAAACGAAGAGAUGAAGUGUUCAGGAAAUGUCGAGGUUCCUGCUGAGAAGAAAAAAGUCUCUAAGAAACCAAAAGCGGGACCAUCUUCCUCAAAAACAUCCCCAAAGAAACGAGCUACGAAAAAGAUUGUCCCUGAAACAAAAUCUGAGCAGAAAGAAGACGCUAAUAUUGUUGUAAUGUCUCCUAGUACGUUCCAAAUCAUUUUGUUGGUGGAUACCCAAGAAACUAAAGGGAAAACGAAGAAGGCAUUGGAUGCAACAAUUUGCGAAUUGAAUGCUUCGAAGGUAAUUUAUGAAGUUAGACAUUUGAGUGUUGGUGACUUUGCCUGGAUAGCUCGAGAUCCAGAAGGGAAUGAGCUCGUGCUUCCGUAUAUCGUUGAACGCAAGAGGUUGGAUGAUUUUGGGAGUAGCAUAAGAGAUGGGAGAUUCCAUGAGCAGAAGUUUCGGCUAAUGCGCAGUGGAAUCCCGAAUGUGAUCUACAUGGUUGAAAUGUAUGAUUCCCGGCAUCUUGGGCUCCCUUUCAAGACAAUCAUGCAGGCAGCUACAAAUACCAAUGUUCAUAACAAAUUCACAGUGAAGAUCACAGAUAAUCAUCACGGUAGCAUCUUGUACUUAAGCGUCAUGAGCAAGAUGUUAGAGAAGAUUUUUGAGGAAAAGGUCCUAGUAGGCUGCUCUAAAGUAGAUAUCAAGGAAUUCAAAAUGACGGAUGAUUUUGUAUCCUUGAUGCAUUUUAAGGAAUUCAAUGCAUUAUCUUCAAAGACAAGAGAAAUGAAAGUCCGAGAUUUCUUUGCUCGGCAAUUAAUUCAAUUAUCAUCAAUGUCUGUGGACAAAGCACUAGCCAUCACACGUAUCUAUGGCACGCCCAGAAUCCUCAUGAAUGCAUAUAGAAUGCGUAAUGAACAAGAGGGAAGAGAUUUGUUGACAAACAUCAAAUAUGGGCGACUAGGCAGACAAAUUGGUCACAAACUCAGCGAAAUCAUUUAUGAAUUCUAUUACAAUACUCUGACUUAUUGAUGCAGACAAUGUCUCACUCAUUCGGCCACGUUACUUCUUCAAUCCAGUCAAGAUAGUUGGAGAUUCUCGUGUAGACUCCUGGCUGACCCACUGACCCACAUCCUUUGCCAAAGGAUGUCACUCCAAUUAUGUUGUACAUGCAGUAUACAUUGUUGUUGUAGAUUUGAAGUGGACCUCCGGAAUCUCCCUGAAAUUGAUGCCGGAAUGUGUGGUAAGUUCCAAAAAAAAAAGUUUUAUCUAACAAAAAGAAAUAUUACUUCGCAAGUGUCUUUUUCUUCGCUGUGAGAACCUGCACAAA